AUGCUUUUUGCUUUAGCCUUUUUAAUCUGCACGGAGGCACAUUUUGUAAAAAUGACUAAUGCAGUAUGUGAGUCAUACAACAAGUCGUGGGUUGUCAUUCAUCAUUGUCGAUUGAAGGCCUAUUCCCGAAAUAAAACGAGCUUGAAUAUAAAUGCAACUUUUCUGCAGCCAGCUUAUAAUAUAUUUAUCAAACUGAAACUGAUGAAGAAAGCCAAUGGCUUCAAGCCCUUUUUGCUUGAUGUCACCUUGGAUGCCUGUAAAUUUAUGAGAAAACGACAUCAUCCCGCCGUAAAGAUCAUUUACAAUUUGAUCAAGGACGUAUCCACCGUGAAUCACACCUGUCCUUAUGUGGGACUGCAAGCGGUAAGCGAUUUCCAUCGUGUUGAAAUUCCCGUUCCUAUGCCAAGUGGAGACUAUCUACUUUUAUGGGAUUGGAUUUUCAAUGGUAAGAAGCAGUUCUGCACGAAUGUAUAUUUUAACUUUGUAGAAGAUGUAUCAUAA